GACAGACCCCAAAUCAUUCCAAUGGUGACUGGGGACAAUUUGCCCAGAAUUUUUGCUGGCUGGGUGGGGAGUCUUAUUUUGUAGAGCAGAAUUAAGUUUUUUCAUGGUUGCCAUUCCUUUGCUGUCUUGCAGGCAAAAUUCCUAACCCAGGAUCAGAUCAACGAAUUCAAGGAAUGUUUUUCCCUGUAUGACAAAAAGCAGAAAGGCAGGAUCAAGGCCAGUGAUCUGAUGGUUGUCAUGCGCAGCCUGGGCACAAGCCCUACUCUAGGAGAGGUGACCAGGCACCUUCAGCUCCACAAAAUUGAUAUCAAUGCAGAACUGGAUUUUUCAACUUUCCUGACCAUCAUGUAUAGGCAAACGCAGCAGGAAGAUCCAAGGAAUGAAAUCCUCUUGGCCAUGUUAAUGGUAGACCAGCAAAAGACCGGAUUCAUCUCAGUGGUUGAACUGCAGGCUAAGCUGAUGAACCUUGGAGAAAAGCUAUCCAAAGAAGAGGUGGACACCCUUUUGAAGAAUGCCAAAGUAGGACAUGAUGGAUUAGUGAAGUAUGAAGACUUAAUUCAAUCAAUCACGCUUCCAGUUGAUGAUUACUGAAUUACAAAAAGAUACUCAGCUGAUGGCAACCACGCUGGCUUGCGGCUUUCAUCGAUUCUUCUUGGACCCUGGUGCUUCUCUACCUUUUUGCCUUAAAAAAUAAAUGCUUUGUGGCAAACAAGGAGCAGGAUGUUAAAUAAUUAAGAAAGGGUUGGGGUUAAAGUUAGAAAGGCAGAAAUAUUGGCUCUUUCUCUGUGUAAAAUCUACUGUUUCUUUGAUUUCCUGAUUCUAUUCAGUUCCUUUGAUUUUUAAGUAUUCAAGAAGAAGGUGCUCAAGAACUGGAAAUAUUUUUCAGUAUCAUGCAAUCCAUAAAGUAUGAUUUAUGAGGUAGCACAUAGUAAAAAAUCUAUACUAUUCAGCAGUGUUGUGGUCCCUGAACUUGGUGUGAUAAAAGUAUUUUGCCAUGGCAUUGGAAGAAGCUACUGGGAACUAGAGGUUCUGAAUGGGCUUUAAGAACCACCUUAUAACACCCCACUACCAUACAGGAUACUUGCAAGGUAUUGCACAUGCUCCAGCUUGGCAGCUCCUGCUUUCAAAGACAGCCAGGGCUUCCUAGCAGAAAUAGAAAGCUACAAUGAAGGUUCUUUCAAUUUGCACUGAUUUUCUGAACAGAGUUUUUCUGUCAUUACCUAUUUACUAAGAAUCUAUCUCUGCAAAAAGAGUGUCAGUAUUGUGUAUACUCAGCAAGUUAUUCCACAAGCGAGAACGUAAUAAUAUUUUUUAUUACAUCUAAAGAUGUUUUACAUAAACAAGUAACAUUCAGUAGGGUAAACCAUUUCUCUUCCAAUGCAUGUAAUAAAUAUUUUCACUUGGUACUUUUAUACAAACUGA